GAAGCGUUGUUGACAUCCGCAGAAACUGCAGCUCAGGCUUGAGAGUGGAGCUGUCCCACAGGCGCGAUGACAGAAGUGGAGGAGACCCUCAAGAGAAUCCAGAGCCACAAAGGGGUCAUCGGAACGAUGGUGGUCAAUGCAGAAGGCAUUCCAAUCCGAACAACCCUGGACAACUCCACAACAGUUCAGUAUGCGGGUCUUCUCCACCAGCUGACCAUGAAGGCCAAGAGUACAGUCAGGGACAUUGACCCCCAGAACGACCUGACUUUUCUUAGGAUCAGAUCGAAGAAACACGAAAUCAUGGUAGCCCCAGAUAAGGAAUAUCUUCUGAUUGUCAUUCAGAACCCAUGUGAGUAGACCUGCUGUGGCCAACCCUGUCCUCGUGACGAUACCUGGAAAGCCUUCCCUCCUCUAAUCCAUAAUAUUGUACCCUGAUUGAGUCCAGAGAUAUGCUCUCCUGUUCUGACAAUGAAACUGCUCUACACGUUUCCCUAAGUCCCUUUGGACUGUAUUGCAGUCUUGUACUUUUGCUGUCUAAUAAACAAAUUCUGCUAU